CAAAUAAGGAAUUUGGCUGUCGCCACGCGGACACACGGACGGACAAGGACGCUCCAGAGCCGCGAGCUGGAGACGGCGGUUCCCGAGACGGGCGCGAGCUUCCCUUUGAUCUGCGGCUCCGUCUCAGCUCUCACAUUCACCUGGAGGAGCGUGCGACGUGCGUGCGGAGAGGAUUUCCAAUUUGGAGAAUCGCCUAACUUUUCCAGACAAUUAGGCUCAAAGGAUUUUUGGAAUUUCUAAAAACAAACAAAACAAUUUAAAGAAGAAGACAUAUGAAGUGAAAUAAGGAUAUUUCUGUCAGAAAGGAAGAGCAGUCGCGGGGAAGUUUGAUUUUGGAGCAGUGGCUAAAUAUAUCAGAAGGGGAAUACUGGAUUUUCUGAAUCCGUUUUACGCACUGGGAGCGCAUCAAGCGGACAACCCGAACUCCUGACAGUUUUUCUGUAUUCUUCAUCCCUGAAGCGUCGCACUUAUCUUGCUCUGGGUGAGGCGAGUUUUGUCAGAAUAAAAACGCGUUUUGUGGACUUACCCCUUCUGGGAUUUGUGAAUACCCCGUGGACGCACGGAGCACUGACCACUGCCAUGCCACGGACGGAGUGGUAACUUAUUCAAGGUUCUUGAAACCUCAGGGUUGACUAACGGACUUAUGGGUCUAUUGCUGGAUCUUUGAGAAGAACCGGAUUCCCCCCCCUCUCAUCACUGUCUUCCCUUCUCCUCCGUUUUCUAUGUAUUUUUUUAUUGCAAACCAGGGGAGUUGACUCAUCAAGAGCCAGACCCCAUUGACUCACCUUUGACACCGCCUCAUCUCUCUGAACUGUAAAUCAUGAAAACCUUUUUUCUGAUUCCUGGCCAAUCAGGAUGGCCUUUUCCUGCACUUCUGUUGCUGUUUGUGGCUUUUUUACUGAUGAGGGGUUGCUGUCAUGCAGCCCCCUCAGGCCCUGAGUCAGACUCCUGCUCCACCUUAGUGCAGAACCGUUUCUUUGGAUUCUUUUUAUCAUCGUCAGUGUUCUCCACUGUGCCUUGUUCCUGGACCCUGCAGAACCCAGAUCCACGAAGAUACACUAUAUUCAUCAAGGUGACCAAACCCACGGGGGGCUGCGAGCCUUUUCAGCUGCGCACUUUCCAGUAUGAGUCCUUCUUGGAGACCACACGCACCUACCUGGGCAUGGAGAGUUUUGAUGAGAUUGUGCGGCUGUGCGACACCUCUGUCCCUGUGGCGUUCCUGGAAGGUGGAAAGCAGUUCCUGCAAAUGAGGAAGGGCCCUCCUCGGGCAGGCAUGGCCAUCCAAAAUGGUGAUGAGGAUUUUAAAACAGAAUACCUGGUGGUGGGGAAGCGCAAUCCAAGCAUGGCGGCCUGUCAGAUGCUGUGCCAGUGGCUGGAAGACUGCUUGGCCUCCAGCACGUCUAGCAGACCCUGUGGCAUUAUGCAGACCCCCUGUCUGUGCUGGGACAAGCCUCCACAGCUCAGUGUGGCUGACAGUUGUUAUCACAAUGGAGUUUACUUGGAAAACUGUUUACCCAGCUUGAAAGAGAGUGGAAGAAACGCUGAAAUAAAUGGUGGUUGGAGUGUGUGGGGUCACUGGGGGCAGUGCAGCAGCGAGUGUGGGGGAGGAAUCCAAACGCGAGCUCGAACCUGUCAGUCACCUCCAGAAGAGUCUUUUCUGUGUGAAGGUGUGGUGGAAGAAGGACGGCCCUGCAACUCCCAGUCCUGCUCAGGCAAAGGUCGCCAUCUCUCUCGCAGCCAGUCUCUCCGUUCGGUGGACAGCCGCAAGCGUGAUGACACAGACAAGCCCCGCAGCGGACAGCAGAGUCCUCAAACAGUAGACUCAACUUCAGGUGAGGAGUGGUCAGCGUGGAGUGUGUGUUCUGCCACCUGCGGGGAAGGCUGGCAGAGUCGCACUCGUUUCUGUGUGUCCUCCUCCUACAGCACCCAGUGUAGUGGGCCACUGCGAGAGCAGAGACCUUGCAAUAACUCAGCCGUUUGUCCAGCUGCUCUGAUUGCAGUUCAUGGCACAUGGGAUGAGUGGUCACCGUGGAGUUUGUGUUCGUCCACCUGUGGCCGAGGUUAUAGGUCCCGAACACGAACCUGUACUCCCCCGCAGUUUGGGGGAGAUCCUUGCGACGGACCGGAGAAACAGACCAAAUUCUGCAACAUAGCUGUCUGUCCAGUGGAUGGCGUCUGGAAUGAGUGGUCCAGCUGGAGCUCCUGCUCAGCUACAUGUUCCAAUGGGACCAUGAAAAGAACCAGGGAGUGUAACGGUCCCUCAUAUGGAGGCUCGGAGUGUAGGGGAGACUGGAUGGAGACUUUUGACUGCUUCCUAGGGGAUUGUCCAGUGGAUGGAAAGUGGCAGCCUUGGUCCUUGUGGUCAGGCUGCUCGAAAACAUGCGGAGGAGGGAGUCAGCAGAGGAACAGGAAUUGCUUUGGGCCCUUUUUCGGAGGACAGCCUUGUCCUGGAGAGCCAGAAGAAAUCCGUCACUGCAGUGAAAAGAAAUGCCCAGAGCCUCAUGAGAUAUGUGGUGAGGACAAUUUCUCUAACGUUGUCUGGAAGAUGACUCCUGCUGGGGAUACAGCCGCAGUACGUUGUCCUCCCAAUGCCAUGGGGCUCAUCCUGCGCCGCUGCUCCUUGGAUGAGGAGGGCAUUGCCUACUGGGAAAAUCCUACUUAUAUGAAAUGCGUUUCCAAUGACUAUCGCAGUAUACAAACUUUAACUCGGGAACAUUUAUCCAAAGCACAGCGUGGCCUUGUGGGAGACGGAGUUUCGGAAGUGAUGACCAAGCUGAGGGUUACAUCCAGUGAUGGAACAAGUUAUAGUGGUGAUCUGUUGGCCAUCUUGGAUGUACUGAAGAACAUGACGGAGAUCUUCAGAAGAGCCUACUACAGCCCCACCAGUGCAGACAUGAGGAACUUUGUGCAGUCUGUAAGCAAUCUGUUGAUGGAAGAGAACCGGGACAGAUGGGAGGAAGCACAACUGCUGGGGCCCAACAUCAAAGAGCUGUUCCGUCUCGUGGAGGACUUUGUGGAUGUCAUUGGCUUAAGGAUGAAAGACUUCCACGACAUGUAUGAAGUCACCGAUAACCUAGUUUUGAGCAUCCACAAGCGUCCAGUGAUGGAUCAUGCUGACUUCAACUUCCCCAUGAAGGGUUGGAGGGGAAUGGUGGACUGGGCCCGGAACUCUGAGGACCGGGUCAGCAUCCCAAAGAACAUCCUGUCAACAGGAAAGCCAGACGCAGACGACUCCUCAACCUUUGUCACCGGCGUUGUUCUCUACAGAAACCUGGGCAACAUUCUGGCUCUGCAAAGAAACAGCACCGUUCUCAACUCCAAGGUUCUGUCGGUGACCAUCAAGCCCACCCCGGCUUCCCUCUCUGCCCCAGUUGUGGUCGAGUUCUCCCACUUAUACAACGGCACCACCAACCAGACGUGUAUAUCCUGGGAUGAGAGUGACAGCUCCUCUCUGCUGGGAUCCUGGUCUGCCAGGGGCUGCAGAGCCGUGCUCGUCGACUCAUUCAGAACCAAAUGCGUGUGUGACAGACUGUCCACCUUCGCCAUUUUAGCACGGCUAAACCCCGACAUGAACAUGGAUAAGAUGCAGCUUCCAUCGGUAACCCUGAUCGUCGGCUGUGGAGUAUCCUCGCUCACACUGCUGCUUCUCAUCAUCAUCUACGUGUCUGUGUGGAAGUACAUUCGGUCUGAGCGCUCGGUCAUCCUUAUUAACUUCUGCCUCUCCAUCAUCUCCUCCAACGCCCUUAUUCUCAUUGGACAGACUCAAACCAGGAAUAAGGUCUUAUGCACCCUGAUCGCAGCAUUCCUUCAUUUCUUCUUCCUGUCCUCAUUCUGCUGGGUUCUGACUGAGGCCUGGCAGUCGUACAUGGCCGUGACGGGCCGCCUCAGGAAUCGCAUCAUACGGAAGCGUUUCCUGUGUCUCGGCUGGGGUCUCCCAGCUCUUGUUGUAGCAAUCUCAGUGGGCUUCACCAAGGCAAAGGGAUAUGGAACACCAAGCUACUGCUGGCUGUCUUUGGAGGGAGGCCUUCUCUAUGCAUUUGUUGGACCUGCUGCUGCUGUAGUCUUGGUUAACAUGGUUAUUGGGAUUCUCGUUUUUAACAAACUGGUCUCCAAAGACGGCAUUACUGAUAUGAAACUAAAGGAGAGGGCGGGUCAGAUGACAGUGCCACUGUACAAUAUGACGCUCAAAUGUGCCAAGUGCGGAGUUAUCUCUUCGGCUGACGUUUCCACCACAGCUACCAGUAACGCCAUGGCGUCACUGUGGAGCUCAUGUGUGGUUCUGCCUUUGUUGGCUCUCACAUGGAUGUCUGCUGUCCUGGCCAUCACGGACCGGCGCUCUGCCCUCUUCCAGAUUCUUUUUGCUGUAUUUGAUUCACUGGAAGGUUUUGUUAUCGUAAUGGUUCACUGCAUCCUGCGCAGAGAGGUCCAGGAAGCAGUGAAGUGUCGUGUCGUGGAUCGGCAGGAAGACACUAAUGGAGAUUCAGGAGGAUCUUUCCAAAAUGGUCACGCUCAGCUCAUGACUGACUUUGAAAAAGAUGUGGACAUGGCUUGCAGAUCAGGCACAGCGAAGCGCUCUUCCCUCCAGGGGGAGGAGAAGGCCUCCUCUGGGACCCUCACCCUUCAGAAAGGAUCCAACUUCAACACAAUGCCAGCCAGCAUGGCCAAGGUUCACCUCCAGAAUGUGGCAGACUACUCCAGCCACACUCUGACUCUGCGCAGGGAGAAAGGUGCCACAAAGGGAAUCAGCACCGAGCUCCCGGGUGCCAAAUCCAUCUACAUCUGCGACGGAGAGCUCUUCAAGCAGCUGGAUGGAGAUCUGCCGCGAGGGAACGGGGAGGGCAGCAGCUCGGAGAGCGCUGGCAAGGGCCCAGGGUACGUGAUUCUACCAACAAACAACACGGGCACCCUGAAAGCUGCCAAGGGGAAAGAUGAUCAGACCAAGUACAACAUCGCCAUUGAGCAGCUCCCUCAGAGCAGGCUCAUCCAUCUGGCCAACCCAACCAGUGGAGAGCCAGUUCCUGGUUUUGGGCUCAAGAGCCUUCCCACUGACCAGGUCAGUGUGUCGUGUUCUGACAGAGACUCACCUGCUCAUAACCUGCAGAGCAUGCCCAGAGACUCCCAAACAGCAAACAACUUGGCAGAUGCAGGCGAGUCUGGCAACUCCGGCGGGAUGUCCAAGAGUGAAACUGUGUCCACGCUGUCCAUGAGCUCACUGGAGAGACGAAAAUCACGCUAUGCAGAGCUUGACUUUGAGAAAAUAAUGCACACCCGGAAACGCCACCAGGACAUGUUUCAGGACCUGAACAGGAAGAUUCAGAGUGCAGACAAGGAUAGAGAGUCUCCACCUGUUGAUGCCAAAGCUGCCAAAAGAUGGAGUGUGUCCUCUACCGGCAGCGACAAGACCAACAUGAGUGACAAGCAGCAGACUCCCAGUAAGAGGGCGUGGGAGGGCAUCCGCAAACCCCACUCACCCCCAUCCUGGGUAAGGAAGGAGCUGGAAACCGUAGCCGCCUCCCCUCUGGAGCUGCAGACAGUGGAGUGGGAGAAGACCAGUGCCACUAUUCCCCUGGUGGGGCAAGAGAUCAUGGACCUGCAGACAGAGGUCUGACAUCUCAUUCCGGCCUCACACCCUGCCGCUCCCUGUCUUCUCCAGUGCUGUCAGAACACCCACCACACACAUACACUCAAACACACCCACACAAUGCCAUGCUCAACACACAAAGGGGUAGAGUCUUCUGCAAGGAUGGAGAGAGAAGGAGGUCUGAGGACGAGAUUCACAAUAUUGGAAAAUAACGUUUCGAUCCAAGAGGAACGUGGCGUCCCUGUUUGCGUUUUCAUUUGAUGUUUUGAUGUCAGCGAAAAACUGAUCACCAUGUAAAUGAUCGGCUGGCUCAUGACAAAAGACAGAUUACUUCUACGUGUGCAUUAUCCACAUGUCUUAUAAACAGCAUAGCAAAGGUAAUUAUACCAUGUCCCCCCCUGUAUUAAAUGGUUACAAUGUAAUAAUCUUGCUUAUGUCUCCUUUUCCCACUAUUGAGACUGUUGCUACAUUACUGUUCAGCUCUGUUCUGAUGUUUCCUCCUGGAUGCUGAUGUUGUGCACAGCUGAAGAUGCCUCUGAGUUAAACCUGAACCAUGGUUUGAGGAGACAGACUACCAAGACUACACCUAUCUGCUCAUUAUCAGGACUUGCUCCUCAAUAGUGAUCAAGCCACAGUGAUUGGAGCAUGCCAUGGCCAACGUGACUGUGACCAGAAGGGUCACAAUGAAGAGGGGAAAAAAAGACCUUAUCCAGGGAGAAUUCAGAGACAAUGGCGUGCAGGUGGGCCAUGUAUGAGCUCUAUGCUCCAUCAUCAAAGCCUUCCCAAAAUGGACCUUCAGGGCGGUGGAUCCAGUGGGAGCCCGGUUCAGCAAACACAACCCUUAGAGCAAGAGAUGCUCAACAUGAUGGCAGUCUGGAGAUUCUAAGUAAAAGGGCCCAGUUUGUGUGAGUGUGCCCUGAGAGAUGAAGGAAGAGUAAGCGACUAUACUUAUAUCUGGUUCAUUGGUCAAAAGUAAUGAUUUUAUCAAACAGGAUGGGGGCUGCACAGAGGGAAAGCACAAGGCUCAUUUGGAGUCCUGAUGUAUAGCAUUGUAAUUAUUUCAACAGAGUUCUACAGAAUGGAUUUUAGCCUAUAAAUAUCUUUCUUACUGUGCUUGAGGAUAGUUGUUCUCAUUAUUAUGAAUAUGAACAUGAUUAUUCUGAUACUGAUUCUCCCAUUCCCUCCCCCUUUCUCAUCAGGGUACUGGACUACAAGUGUUCUGUAUCACAAUGUAACUGUGUGUGUUUUGAUAUCACCGCUGAGUCACUUCCUCAGAUCUGUGUUUGUCUAAACCCUGAACCCCCCCGACCUCUACCAACAUCCUCUGAUCUGCACUCCAACCCCAUGACAUGCACAGCCAUCGCCUGUCCCAAACCCACCCCACCCCUCACCUCCAUUUUAUUUGACCAGGACCGCUUCUUUGUUAAUGUACAGUUUUCAGAGCACAAUAUGAAUGUGUCCUAUUUCUAAUAAAAACAUAUCUAUAUAAUGAA